UCAAAACCAACAUAUCCAAACAAACCAUGGCUUCCUCCUCCACUCACUUCUUUCUUUCAAGCUUGGUUUUCUUGAUGAUCUCCUUCUUUCAACCAUCCUCACAUCAGCAACUGUGUCAUAAGGAUGAGUAUCUUGCUCUAAUGCAAUUCAAAGAUAGCUUUGUCAUUGAAAGGCAAGCAUCUACUCGUCCUAAAGUCGAUCUUUGGAAAUCUCAAGGGAUUGAUUGCUGCUCAUGGGAGGGCAUAUGGUGUGACCAGAACACUUCUCAUGUCAUACACCUUGAUCUCAGUAGCAGUUGUCUUUUUGGUUCUAUCAAUUCUAGCAGCAGCCUCUUCCGCCUUGGACACCUUCAAUACCUCAACCUGGCACUCAACGACUUCAAUUUCUCUAAGAUACCAUCUGCAAUGGGCAAUCUUUCGAGGUUAACUUAUCUCAAUCUCUCUGGUUCUUUCUUUUCUAGUCAAAUUCCACAUGAAAUUUCAAAACUCUCCAAUUUAGCUAAGCUUGACCUUUCUUUCCAUCUUGAUCAAUCACAUCAAGGAUUGUUGGAACUCAAAAGGUCUGGUUUGAAAAACCUAGCUCAAAACUUAAGCAAGCUAGAAUGGCUUGACCUCUCUUAUGUUGGUAUAAAUUCUCCAAUACCAAAGGCCUGGGCAAAUAUGUCAUCAUUGACACAUCUACACUUCUGUCAAUGUGGAUUGCAUGGAAAGUUUCCCAUAGACAUUUUUCAACUACCUAAACUUCAAGUCCUUGAUUUGGAGAACAAUUGGGAACUUAGUGGUAAUUUUCCUGAAUUUCACUCUCACAGUCAGCUUAGGGCACUCGAUGUUGGAAACACAAUCUUUUCCGGUGAGUUACCUAGCUCAAUAGGAAUGUUUAGUUCUUUGGAAUAUUUAGAUGUCAGUAGUUGUAACCUCUCAGGUUGGGUACCACCUUCAAUUGGUAAUCUCACCAAGCUCCAUAGUGAAUUGGAUGUCCUCUGCCUCGCCUCCAACAACAUCCAUGGCCAGAUACCUAGUUGGAUAUUGAAUAUGAGUGCAAGUUUGUUGGCUUUAGAUCUUUCUUACAACAAUUUCACAAGUUUUGAAGAAUCCUUUCUUGUUUUUCCUUCUACUAGUCUUUUAUUUCUAGACCUUAGUUUUAACUCUCUCAAAGGUUCUCUACCAAUCCCACCACUCUCUAUCCUUUUCUACUGGGUUUCCGGGAAUAUGUUUAGUGGAGAAAUUCCACCUCAAUUCUGCAACGUGACUUCUCUUCAACUGCUUGAUUUGUCUCAAAAUAAUCUGAGCGGAACAAUGCUGCAAUGUUUUGGCAACCUCAGCUCCAUGUUGGUUUUAAACUUGGAAGGAAACAACUUCCAUGGUCCUAUUCCUGAAACAUGGGAAAGUGGAAACAAACUCAAAGAAAUUAAAAUGGGAAAGAAUAAUUUGCAGGGGAGGUUACCAAGAUCACUAAGAAACUGCAAAGUGUUGGAGUUUCUUGAUCUUGGAAACAACAAGAUCGAAGAUACUUUCCCUUACUGGUUGGGAGCUCUUCCUGAAUUGAGGAUUCUCAUUUUGCAUUCAAAUAGGUUCCAUGGCACAAUUUCAAUCAAAGUACCAGAGAUAGAUUUCUUGUUUCCUAAGCUCCGCAUCAUUGACCUUUCAAACAAUGGAUUUGUUGGCACUUUGCCAAUAGACCUCUUUGCGAGAUGGAAUGCCAUGGCUGAUCUUGAUGAAGAGAA